AUGGUCAAGGAGCGGAUGUACUAUAUUGUCCUCGACGGGAUAGACGAGUGUGAGACGGCUCAGAUUCGAGAAAUGGCAAGGGCUUUGGAAAUGCUCUCCCAAGGAAAGGUCGGGACGUUGAAGAUUAUUUGUACGGGUCGUCCGGGCCUUGAGGUGGAUUUGUUCAAGAGGGGCCGGCCACAGCAUCGCGUUGUGAUUGAUCAGGGGAAGCUCAACGUCGAUAUGGAACGAUACAUCGCUGCAACCCUAUAUGAUUGCUUGGAGGAUGGGGAGCUUGUCCUCCAAGAUGAGGAUAUCAUCACAACGAUCGCGGAUGCUUUACUGGAGGGCUCCCAAGGAAUGUUUCUUUGGGCAGGUCUAUGUAUCAGAGAUCUGUGUGAAAAGAACUGCGAUGAAGACAUACUUGAUGCGUUGAAGCACCUCCCGCGUGGUUUGGCUGAGCUUUUUGACUCAAAGAUUCGUCGAAUCCAGCAGGGAAAGGACUCUCACCAUGCAAUGGACUUGCUCCAAUACUGCGGUGUCGUGAAGCGCCCACUGACUAUUGAAGAAUACCGAGAAGCUUUAAGCAUUUCCCUCGGCGACAAGUCUCUGAACACAAAGCGGCUACCCAAUGAUAUGAAUCGAAUUGUCCGUGGAUGUUUCGGUUUGACAUUCAUUGAUGACGAAGAGCAGACAGUUCAUUACACUCAUCAUAGUGUUAAGGAACAUCUGUGCCGCACUAAGAACAAAGACUCCGCAAAGUUCGAUGCUGAAAGCGUUAAUAAACACUUUGGCUCUCUGUGCAUGACGUAUCUAAAUUUCACCAAUUUCGGUCGUCAAUUAGAGAAGGCUGGGAAAAGACUCGUCGAUCCUCUCUUCCUGGGCGCAUCUUCGAUCUAUCCUGACAGCUCCCAUAAGAAUAGAAUGUUAUGGAAGCUGCAAUCGUCCAGGAAGAGGCAAUUGCCACGCAUCAAUGUUCGCAAGAUCGAGAGAAAUGCGCGAGGGUCGCUUGGAGGCCCUGAGUAUCAUGGCUUCUCUUCCACAUAUCCGAUGCAGAUUGGCGCCUUUCUUUUUUAUGUCAGAGAUCAUUUGCUUCUUCAUUUGGAUGGCUUUGAACCAGAUGAUGAGGAAAUGUGGACUCUCUUCUGCAGAUGCGUUGAAGAUAGGUCCCUACCUUUCAGCCGACCUUGGGACCUGGUAGACCAAAGUAGCCCAAGGGGCGACUAUGGGCAUCCAGCAACUGAGAGGUUUGUCAAGGAUCUCUCUGCCUUUUUCAGUUGUGGUGAGCAGGAGUUGGUGUGGGCGCUGAAGCACAAACAUCAUGCCUUGUUACUCUAUUUGACGAGGACGGGAGACCGCACGGUUUCCCAAGGGGAACUUCUUUCGCUCCCAGCAUUGAAUGAUAAAGCCAGUUAUCAAUGGCUUGAAAUUCUAAUCGAUGUCCCAACUUUCACAAAAGCCUGGGGCGGAGUUUUGUUUAGCGUGGCCUUGGAUGAGGGACUCCCCGAGGCGGAGAAGCUUCAGGUUUCUCUCGCCUUGCUUCGCAAAAUGCACCACGUCGAUGCACUGGAAACCAGAUUCGCUCUUGGAGUAGCUUUGCGAUACGCGCUUUGGGCCAACCGAAUGUUGGGGUUUCUGUUGUCGGUUGACAAAGCAUUCUACACAGAUUCUACAGUCGUGAACGACACCCUGCAUGGUAACAAAGCCAAUGCUUAUUUCAACGGCCUCAGCUACGAACAGAGACAGCCUCUGCUUAUUAUAUCAAUUCUGGACGAAUCAUUUUGGGUAGUAUCAGAUGGGACGCAGUCCAGGGCUAAAGCCAGAGACAAAUUGCAAACGGUGAAGAACCUCGUGGCUUCUGAAAAACCGGACUUGAUCGAAUACCUCAUCAAUGCCGGAUCGGAAGUCAACCUGGCAAAUAAGGAGGGUGAAACGGCCCUUCACAUUGCUGCAUUUACAGACGAAGAAAAGAUUUUAGGGCUUCUUGCCUCUCCUUAUGCAACAGCCAAAGACCUCGAUACCGCUCUUCGUGAAGCUGCUGUAUCGCGAGAUUUCUCUAGGAGAGAAUAUGCCAGAAAGCGAGGCGUCUCUAGGAACAGGUUAUUUCUCGGCUCCAAAUCGUUUUCCGGCAAAUUUGAAUGGAGUCUAAAUGAAGAAGAAAGAGAUAAACUCAAUAUCAUGAAGCAUCUUAUCAGCGCCGGUGCUGAUAUCACCUUGACAAAUCGUCGAGGUGAAACAGCUCUUCAUAUAGUCAUUUCGAGGCACUCAGAUGCCAGCGGACUAGACGAUAUUGCGAUUCUCGCGAAUCAAAUCACUAAUUCAAGAGGGAUACCUUCUCAAUCAAACUUGGGUGAGCACCUCGCACGUCUUGCAGAGUUUGGGCAAUGGUCUGCUGUCGAAUUAUUGAUCAAGAGCGGGGCUAGUGAGCGAAACCAAAAGGAUAUAGUAGUGCUCUUGACUGAAUAUGGAAGUGACCCUAAUACACUUGAUGGGUUCGGCCAAACCGCAUUGCAUUGUGCUGCGGAAAAAGGAUUUGCGGAGAUAACAGCAUAUCUGCUGAAGGUAACGGAUGCUUCUAUUGUCGAUACCAAGUCAAGAACAGCUCUGCGAUGCGCGAGAGAUAAUGGCCACGCGUCCACUGUGAAGAUGCUCCUGCCGUUUGCUGGUCCACCAGACGAAGGGGUUGAUAACAAGGGGAGAAACUUGAAAUAUUGGAAGAACAUGCUAGAUUAUGCGACUGAUUAG